UCAACUUAGAGCAGUGAAAUACACCUGAAUCAUCCAAGAUUCACGCGGAUCUGUGCUGCUUGCCUGAAAUCUUUUAGGGACCAAUAUGAUGUGAUGGAAUCUUGGCAGUUCUCUCAGGGAGUUCACCCAAACACUUCAAAACUAGCCAUCGAGCCUAUGGCAAGCGAGGCAUCUGUACCCAAAAGGGAAGGUUUUGCAGACCUGGUGCUGCAAGGGCCAGAGCCUCCAAGCCUGUGGUAUGAACUUAUUGGCAUGCUUAGAAAGGCAGUUCGCUACCGAAGUGCAGAUAAGCAUUUCACACUCUCUGUGUGCGCAAUGUCAAUUCUGCAUAGUCUGUUUCCAAUACUUGAAUGGUCGAAAAGCUACAGCUUGAAGUCUUUUCGAAGCGACGUCAUGGCUGGUCUUACUCUCGCAAGCCUUAGCAUUCCACAGAGCAUUGGAUAUGCAAAUCUGGCAAAACUGGAUCCUCAGUAUGGUCUUUAUACAAGUGCCGUGCCACCUCUUGUAUAUGCUGUUAUGGGGACCUCUAGGGAGAUAGCCAUCGGACCAGUUGCAGUUGUGUCACUCUUGCUUUCAUCAAUGGUUCAGAAGAUAGCUGACCCAGCCAUCGAUCUGGCUUCCUAUCGGAAAAUGAUUUUCACUGUGACAUUCCUUACUGGUGUCUUCCAAUUUGCAUUUGGUCUGUUGAGGUUGGGUUUCCUUGUGGAUUUUCUCUCACAUGCUGCAAUCACUGGAUUCAUGGGAGGAGCUGCCAUUGUUAUUGGACUGCAGCAGUUGAAGGGGCUACUUGGGCUUAGUCAUUUCACAAGUAACACAGAUAUUGUAUCUGUCACCAGAGCAGUUUGGGUUUCUGUUCAUGAACCAUGGCACCCCGAGAACUUCUUCAUUGGAUGUUCCUUUUUCCUGUUCAUUCUUGGCAUGAGAUUCAUAGGUCGGAAAAAUAAGAAGCUCUUCUGGGUCUCAGCGAUUGCACCUGUGCUCUCAGUUGCAUUAUCUACUCUCAUGGUUUAUAUGACUAGAGCUGAUAACCGUGGUGUGAAAAUCAUACAAAAAGUGGAUGCAGGCAUCAAUUCGAGUUCAGUCAAGCAGAUAAAUCUCAAUGGACCCUAUGUUACAGAAUGUGCAAAGAUAGCUCUUAUUUGUGCUGUUAUUGCUCUAACGGAAGCAAUUGCUGUUGGUCGCUCCUUUUCAGUCAUAAACGGAUAUAAAUUGGAUGGCAAUAAGGAAAUGGUAGCAAUGGGCUUCAUGAAUGUAGCAGGAUCCUUAUCAUCUUGCUAUGUGGCAACAGGGUCUUUCUCCCGGACAGCUGUAAACUUCACAGCUGGCUGUAAGACAGCCGUGUCAAAUGUUGUCAUGGCUGCCACUGUGAUGGUUGCCUUGGAGCUGCUCAUGAAGCUCCUGUUCUAUACACCAGUGUCCAUACUUGCAUCAAUCAUUCUGUCAGCACUUCCAGGGCUGAUCAAUGUGCACGAAAUCUGCAUCCUGUGGAAAGUCGACAAGAUGGACUUCCUCACAUGCAUGGGUUCAUUUCUUGGUGUCCUAUUUGGAUCAGUGGAGAUUGGGCUUUCAGUUGCAGUUGGUGUCUCCUUUGCAAAGGUUAUUGUACACUCAGUUCGGCCUCAGGUCCAGAUCCUCGGUAGGCUUCGGGGAACAAACAUAUUCUGCAACAUCAAGCAGUAUCCAAUGGUUUGUCAAACACCAGCUGUUCUGACCACACGCAUUGACACCUCAUUCCUCUGCUUCAUAAACGCCAAUUUCAUCAGAGAAAGGAUUACAGGAUGGGUAACCGAAAAGCUUGAGGAAAUCCGCUCCGUCGUUCUUGACAUGUCAAAUGUGGUGAACAUUGACACCGCAGGUCUUGCAGCGCUGGAAGAACUGCACAAGGAGCUGGUGUCUCGUGGCAUACAGAUGGCUAUAGCUAGCCCUGGAUGGCAGGUGAUCCACAAGAUGAAACUAGCACAGCUCAUCGACGGAACUGGAGAAGCCUGGAUCUUCCUCACGGUUGGCGAAGCUGUGGAAGCGUGCCUGGCCAAUAAGAAGGGCGGCGACCUGGAAUGCUGAAUUUGCUGCGGCGCUUUGCAAAAUAAACAUAUGGGUGUGGUAAUCAGUAUUUCUAUCUACUGUGCCCACGGCAGUGGAUUUCGCUAUCGUGCAAGCUGAUGCAGCUCUUGAAGUGUUCCACGGGUUGUGCGACACGCUUCGGUCAGAGGAGCUCUUGAGCACGCAGAAGCGUGGCGUCUGCAUAGAAUAAAGAAUACUGUGUGAACUGUGGUGUGAUGUGUAUAGGGGUACCCGGUCAGCAUGCGAGUGCUGCUUGUGAUUGUAUUUUGCAUGAUUGGAAUUUGGUGCCAAUAAAAGCUUGUGUUUGCUGCUAGCCUGCCUGAAGGCCUGUAGCCAAACAAA